AUGGACCAGGCAGAUGUCCCGGCGCUGCUAGCGCGCCUGGCCAGCGACGAGGAUGCCUCCCGGAAAAUGGCUGUGUUCAAGCUCCAAUCCUCUAUCAACGACCCUGCCUUCGCCGACGUCUUCAUCUCCUCGGGCGGCCUCGUCAUCCUGCGACGUCUUAUCAUGAGCACCGGUGGCAACACCCUCGCGUACUCGCUACAAUCCUUGAGCAGGCUGCUUGAGGUCGACAUGGGAUGGGACAUAUUCGAGGGCCACAUGGCCACCGACCUUGUUGAGCGCAUCGUAGAGCUCAUCGUCAUGAACCCCCUGGUCAACAUCCUGAGAGGUGCAAUGUCCAUACUGGUUGCGCUCGUCUCCCACUCGCAGUCGGCUCCCAGGACCAACCACAUCGCCGCCUCUGUGAAAGGCCCUAGUUCAUAUGGCUUUCGCGCCCUCAAGCCCGCCGUCGCCGUCUACCCUCAGCUUUUCGAGCACGUCAUCUCUCAGCUCCAAUCCGCCGACCACGCCCUUUGCGCCAAUGCAUUGAUGCUGAUCAACGCACUCAUACGUGACGCCGUGUCGAAGGAAGAACCGCGCAGUACUGCAAACGGGGCACGGUCAGGCGCGAAUGAGGAUUGGUCAAAGUUCAUAAAAAAACUACAGGAUCUCGGUCUGAUCAAGGCUGUAUACAACCUGAUGCAGAGCUCGGCAAUGCAGGACCUUGCCCAGCCUCUACUUGAAUUCCAAUCACUUACGAAGGUGCUCCUGAGGAGGUGGAAAGAGGUCAAGGUCGAUCUGGAGCGACCCGAGCACAGGAGAGCACUGAAAGGUCUGCAUCUUGCCAGCGCGCCAGAUAAGUCGUUUGGCAACGGGUCCGGCUCUACCACCCCGGUGAUGAUGGACGGCGAGAAAGGUGGCAGGAAACACAACCCAGAAAAGUGGCGCAGGCUUGGUUUUGAAACAGAGAGCCCAGCAUCAGAAUUUGGCAUUGCUGGGUUCCUGGGCAUGAUGGACCUGACGGAUUACGUGCGCAAGAACGAAGACGGAUUCCAGAAAAUGCUUUUGGAGCAGUCGACGAGACCACUGAGCGAGAGAUGUCCAGUCGCACGUUCGAGUCUGGCAGUUACGACAAUGCUUUACGAGCAUUUUGAGGUGAACAAGGCAGAUCUUGAGGAUACGAAGGGCUACCAAGCGCUUGAGAAUGCCAAAAACAACGACAAAGUUUUCAGGCCUCUGUUACUACAAUGGUCGCGGUUGCACACUGCUGGUCUCCAUGCUUUCUUCCGGUUGUGGAAGGCAACAGGCGCAGAGAGGGACGAUUUUGACAAGGUGGCUGAGCUGGUCCGAAUACUCAUCGAACAGGUGGUCGGUCAAGCGAGUAGGAUGAAAGACGUGGUGGAGGUUGAAGAAGAGCUCCAGGAGCAAGACUGUGCGCGACUACGGGAACUACAGAUGGAGCUUCUCGAUUUGUCAUUUGACGACCAAUGGGGCCAGCACCUCUACCAGGUGCGUGAGGAGCUGAAACACGAAGCGUUGUCUUUCGUAAAGGAACAGCGCAUUCGCUGUCUACUCCAAGGGGCUUGGUCUUCCAGGCCGUUGCCACGGCGCGAUCAGCCGGAGCACCAACAAGAUGAUGGCUCGGGAAAGAAGAAGCUGUACCAGCCAAAGCCAUGGAGGUUCGCGAAGCUGUCUCACAACAGACGCUAUCUUCACUACGCCGACUUCGCGGAGAAGAUGGAGCCAGAUCCUGGCCUCGACUCUCUUGCCGAGAAAAUCGACCUGAGCACCAUCAGCUCAGUGGUCUCCAAUGUGUCUGCCCCUAACGAGGACGUCCGGAGUGUAUCUAGCGGAUCUACGCUCAAGAACCAGGCGGCGAACCCUGGCGCGAUGGCAGGCACCAAUGCCGCGCCGAAGACGACGACAAAGAUCACCAUCUACAGCUACGUGAGGCCGGAGGAGGCGGCGAAGGGUGGUGACACCAAGGAGCAGGCCAUCCUGACUCUGUUCCCUCUUAACCACUCUCUGGCGUCUGAGUGGCUGGACGGCCUGCUCAUGCUGCUUAACCAGGCGCCGAUCACGGCGGAGACAAACAAGCUGGUGACGCUGGUGAGCGAUUACGGCCUGAAGAUCAGGCUGCUUAAUGUGAGGGUGGAUGCGGUCUAUCAGGGGCCGCCACCAGGAGCCGGCGUGGUGCCGAGCAGGGAAGGGUUGGACGAUGAUUACUUCUAUGAGGUUUAG